AUGCGACAAAGAUUGCAACGGGGCCACCAAGCGGAGAAGGUGGCCGCGCCGGAGGAUGAAGUUGUUGGUGACUCGGAGAACCCGGGGGGAGCGCAAGUCCCGCCGAUUGAGUCCGAACCUGCAAUCGACAUACUAGAGGUGGACGAGUUUGGCCUUCAUGCCGAUUGGGGACUAGAGGAUUAUCUGUCAUACGUGGAAACUCUUGCUACGCAAAACAAGUGGUCCCCCGAGAAAAAAGCGGAGGCGGAAGCUCAUUAUCAAGCAAAGUUUGCAGAGCUCAACGGGGAGCAAUCUCCUCCGCGAGAGACCAUGCAGACAGAGGAAGGGGCGAGUCCGGAAGAAGUCCGAAAGGAGCGGGGCGUUAUAAGCCCAGAAGAAUACAUGGCGGAACUUGAGGAGCUUGUAAGGUGGAAUGCCCCAUUUGAGAAACCCUUCGGAGACUCAGAACCUGACGACGACAACCCUCAGAAAAGCGGACACUUGAAUGCGGCGGGGGAAGGCGAUCCCGAUGCGCCCACCGAAUCGGAGCUGCAAGCCGAGAUGAUGUUUAAGCAACAUGCACGAGGGGAGGAAGCGCCCGAAGAGGUUGAAGAGGAAGAAGAAGGGGGGGAGCUGCAGUCGAUGUUGGGAGAUCCUGGUCGGGAAAUGGACCCAGCGGAGCAGCUCAGGAGGCACAAGGCAGCAUUAGAAAGCUUCGGAAAGACCUCGAGAGAACUCGUGACGGCCGGCAAGCAGCCUCAAAAGAAGCGGCGAAGCAAAGCAACAGGUCGGAAGCCAAAUAGCGUCUGGGGCGUGGUGGGGGGCAAGAAGCCGGUGGCUGGGGCGGCGUUGCUUGCAGGCAAGCCGGAGGCAGCAGGGGCCACGGGGCAGAAGGGCUCAGGGGGUGCCCAAAAAGAGAAGAAAGUGGCUCCGACGGGCGCCAUCGGGAAGCCGGCAGCUGGGGAGGGGAAGCAAACGCUCGAAAAGGGAGGCAGUGGAAAGGCGGUGGUUGGAGCCAAGCGGAAAUCAUCGGUGGCGAUCACGCCCCCGCGGCCCGAGAAGAAGCCGCGCCGGUACAAGCCGGGCACCUUAGCGCUCAGAGAAAUCAGGAAGUACCAGAAGAGCACGGACUUCCUCAUUCCAAAAAGCACAUUCGCUCGGAUCGUGAAGCGCCUGUGCAGCACGUAUUUGAAACAACAAGACCUCAGGUGGCAGGCGUCGGCGUUGGACGCCCUGUUGGAGGCAAGUCAGGACUUCGUCGUGGGGCUGUUCGGAGACGCUGUAUUCUGCCAAGCACACGGAAAGCGGAAGACUCUGAUGAAAAAAGACUUGGACCUAGCAAAACGGAUCCGAGGCAUCCGAAAUGAGGACGACAAACUCCCACUGCAAGAGGCUGUAGAGCACGUCGUGGACCGACGUGAUACCAAGGUCUAUGACCCAAACCCAAAUAAAGAACGGUGGAAGCCCCCCAAGCAGGUCGAACGGGAGGCGCGAGAGAAAGGGAAGAGCGAUGCAGCGCGCCGCACUACAAGGGCUGCGCAGGGGCCCCAGGGAGGGGCUGAAACGUCGAAGGCAAAGGACAAGGGGAAAACAACAGCGCGGGGGCCGGAAGAAGGGGCUAAAACGGAGAAACGCAAGGAGACGAAAGCGAAGCAGGGGCCUGGCGUAGGGGCUAAAUCGUCCGGUGAGCGUGCCGAGGUGGUGGAGGGAGCGUUGGAGGAAUUCCAGGGAGGCGCAGAGAAGUCGAAGCCUGGAGGAGAGAGCGGCGAAGCCUCCAGAACGGGGCGUCCAACGCCGACGCCUGCCACCUGGAGGCAAGCUUGCCAACUCGGAUCAGCACUAUGA